CGCCGGGAGAAGGGGCUCGCGGGCGCCGGCGGCGGGAAGGACGAGCCCGGGAGGCGGGGCUCGCCAGGUGAAAGCCCUCUCCCGGUCCCGAGGAGCGCAGAGCCUGGACGGUCGCCUGGCGGGUGCUCUUGGGGAGACAGAAGAGGCCCCAGCUCAGCACAGUCUGAGAUCCCAAGACAGUCUGAGGAGACCUCGAGGGCCCGCUCCGCCGACCCCACACCCGGGCUGCCCAGGAUGCGGUGUCCGCUGCGCUCCCUGCGGCCUGAGCUGAGCCUCGCCCUGGCCGUGGGCGCCGUCACCCUCCUGGUUCUCCUCAGCGUGCACGUGUCCACGCCGCCCUCCUGCCUGGUGCCCGAGGAGGCCCACUGGGCCCCUGCGCUCGGAACCUGGCGGCCGCCGCCCGCGCACGCCCGCCCUGCGCCGUGCCUGGCCAACACCUCGGUGGCCGCGCACCCGGAGUUUGCGGGGCAGCCGCAGCACGUGCGCAACUUCCUGCUCUACAAGCACUGCCGCCGCUUCGCGCUGCUGCAGGACGUUCCGGCCGAGAAGUGCGCGCGGCCCGUCUUCCUGCUCCUGGCCAUCAAGUCCUCGCCCAGCAACUACGAGCGCCGGGAGCUGGUGCGGCGCACGUGGGGCCAGGAGCGCCUGGUGCGGGGCGCGCGGCUGCGGCGCCUCUUCCUCGUGGGCACCGCCAGCCACCCGCACGAGGCUCGCAAGGUCAACCGGCUGCUGGAGCUGGAGGCGCAGACGCACGGUGACAUCCUGCAGUGGGACUUCCACGACUCCUUCUUCAACCUCACGCUCAAGCAGGUGCUGUUCCUCGAGUGGCAAGAGACGAGGUGCACCGACGCCAGCUUCGUGCUCAACGGGGACGACGAUGUCUUUGCACACACGGACAACAUGGUCACCUACCUGCAGGGCCUUGACCCCAGCCAGCACCUCUUCGUGGGGCAUCUGAUCCAAAACGUGGGCCCCAUCCGGGUUCCCUGGAGCAAGUACUACGUGCCCCCAGUGGUGACGCAGGCGGAACGCUACCCUCCCUACUGCGGGGGAGGCGGCUUCCUGCUGUCCCGCUUCACGGCCGCCGCCCUGCGCCGGGCCGCCCCGGCCCUGGAGCUCUUCCCCAUCGACGACGUCUUCCUCGGCAUGUGCCUGCAGCACCAGGGGCUGAGCCCCGCUUCGCACAGUGGCGUCCGCACGUCUGGGGUGCACGUCCCAUCGGCUCGCCUGACCUCCUUCGACCCCUGCUUCUACCGGGAGCUGCUGCUGGUCCACCGCUUCCUGCCCUACGAGAUGCUGCUCAUGUGGGACGCCCUGAGCCAGCCCCGCCUCAACUGCGGCCAGCAGAGGCAGGUCUUCUGAGGUCACUGCGGGCCGGCCUCUGGGCUCCUGGGCCCACUGGCACAGAAAGGAGCAGGACCUUCCUCCCGGGGAGCUGGGCUGACUCCCCAGGCGAGCUGGGCGUCGCGGAGCCCCGAUGGGCACUGGUGGGUGAACAUGCUGCCAGGCGAGCUCCUCCACACCCUGCAAAACCCGCUGGGCCCCGCUCCCGGGCCCUCUGCCUGCCUGGAGGACACCCUGAAAAUGUGACCACCUCCUUUUGACGAUGAGAAGCCCCUCUGUGAGGGUUCCAGCUGUGGACACACCCUUUCCACUGGGUGUUCCGACCUGACCCGCAGGCUGGACCCUCCGCAGCGGCCUCCCUCCAGGUGAGGCCCUGGUGGUCUCGUGGGAGAUGAGGUCAAGGCCCUCUGGGGACUCCCGUGUCUGCUGGAGUGGGAAGGUCCUCAGCCUAGGCGAGCGGGGUCCUGUCGGGUCGCCCCUGUGCGCCGGAGCCCUUGGUUGGAGAGAGGGGCCGCCCCCCCUCACCUGUGUGUCCCGCGCUCCAAUGGCGGUGGCAGCAGAGGACGGACCCAGCUGAGCCCAUAAGGCUGCGGGAGCUCAGUGUUCCUGGUCCCCAGCAGGGCUCAGCCCCCACACCUGGCCCCCCAAGCGUUCAGGAACAGCUCGGGCCGGCCAACCGGAGCGCGCCCAUUGCCCGGAGAAGGGGCCAUCCGGGUCUUCAGGGGCCUCCGCCCCGCGUGUCUACAGGUGCGGGUGUCCAAGUGAGCCGCCCGUCCCCUGCUGCCCCCGGUGGGGAUGAGGGGCAGCUGGGCGGAGU